CUCCACUUUCCAAAUUCCAGUUGAACAGCAAGAAAAGGGGCGCCACAGAGAGGGCGGCAGGGGCAACAGAGGGCGGCUGGUAUCGUGAAGGGUGUGAGCCUCUUUCAUCGUCACCCAAAGCUAAGAAUCGCAGGCAGUUCGCGUGUUUUGGCAAUUGAAGGCGGUCACCAUGUUGGCCCGGCGGUUGCUGAGUAACCAGGGGAUCGGCGCUGCGCUGAAGCAGGCUGCCGCCGGCGCGUUGCAUCCAGUGAAGGUCAUCUCCACCAGCGCGGUAGUCAGCGCCCCUGAGCAGGCGACUGUUGGGACCGGCAAGCACAAGGAGCCGAGCCUAAAGAAGGUGCAGAUAUACCGAUGGGACCCCGCAAAGGGCGAGAAGCCGUACAUGAAGGAAUACACGGUGGACACCAACGCGUGCGGGCCGAUGAUGUUGGACGUGCUGAUCAAAAUUAAAAACGAGCAGGACCAGAGCCUAACAUUCCGGAGGUCAUGCAGGGAGGGGAUUUGCGGUUCAUGCGCGAUGAACAUCAACGGUGGGAACACUCUUGCGUGUCUCUGCAAGGUGGACCCGAACCCGGCCGAUGUUGCCAGGAUCUCCCCGCUGCCCCAUAUGUUUGUGGUCAAGGAUCUUGUUGUGGACAUGACCAACUUCUACAACCAGUACAAGUCGAUCGAGCCGUGGCUGAAAACCAAGAAGGCUCCGAAGGACAACAAGGAGCACUUCCAAACGAAGGGGGACAGGGACAGGCUGGACGGAUUGUAUGAGUGCAUCCUUUGCGCAUGCUGCAGCACGUCAUGCCCGAGCUAUUGGUGGAACCCGGAGAAGUUCCUGGGGCCGGCCGCUCUUAUCCAGUCAUACAGAUGGAUUGCCGACACUAGGGAUGAUUUCACAAUGGAAAGGGUGGAGGCGCUUGUGGAUCCAUUCAAGCUCUACCGCUGCCACACCAUCAUGAACUGUGCACGGACAUGCCCCAAGGGCCUGAGUCCAGGAAAAGCCAUUUCCAAAAUCAAGAAGCUGGUGGCCGGUUUCCCUGUGGAGAAUUCAGGGAGGUCUGCACCUUAAGAGAGGGCUCGCCUUGUGAUUCUUAAGGCUCUGAGGACAUUCAAAAAGGUAAAAUUCAGCUGUACAUUAAGCACAUAAACUGAAACCAUGCUUUUUGGGAAGACAAUACAAGGCCUAUUCUGAUUGAAGAAAAAUAGUGGUGAUUACAAAUACACCCGUCACGAUCGUGGUCCAGUUCCACUGCUCUGCCUGCCAUGGCAACAAUCGUUUCAAUACACCGGCGUUCUCAAGAUUGUUUCAGCUCAACUCUAAGAGGUUCAAUGUAUCGAGGUUAUUGCUUGGCUCAGGUGUGUAGUCACCGAUUAUCAUCCAUUUUUUUGGUUUUCAGUCCUGUCAUUAACGUUAUGUCGAUCCUAAGCAUAUCUCUAGAUACACUAAGCUACACUGCAUUUAUUUAGAGCUUGCCUCAAGCACAGAUUUAAAGAAUUGCACCAGAGUAUGUUCAAAAAGAUGUAAGGCGGCG